GAGAGUGAGUUGCAGUUCUGCUUCUUGUUCUUUGAUUUGUUACCGUUCUUUUCGCGGGCAUUUUAUUUGUGUGAUGAGUUGAUAGGUGACCUGCAUUUUAAUUAGCAAAUAAAGAGAGUGAGUGGAAGUUCUGCUUCUUGUUCUUCAAUUUAUUACCGCUCUUUUCGCGGGCAUUUUCUUUGAGUUGAUAGGUGACGUGCAAAUGGUUCCAAAUGGUAAACUGUGUCCGAGAUUCUGCAGAAAUCAAGAACAUGCAGAAACAUCGAAUAAAUUGGGGUCUAACCACCAACCUUAUAUAUAGUUGUUCAGCCCCCUGUGCAACAUUGGAAGCCCCAUAACUAUUGUUCCCCUUGAUUACCACCAAACCCUGCACUGUAUCUUUCCUAUUUAAUUCUCUUUUACACUUAUUAGUUGUAAAGUGGAAUAGUCAUAUUCGAAGUCUCCAAGAUGCAUAACACACAAGACAUAAUUGAAGAAAUCUCUUCAGCCGCAACUACACAAGACAGGAUUGAAGAAAUUGAAGAAAUCUCUUCAGCCGCCACAACACAAGACAGGAUUGAAGAAAUUGAAGAAAUUGAAAUCUCUUCAGUUAGCCACCAUGAAGAUGCCUCCCUAUAUGACGACGAUGGCCGGCAAAAACGAACAGGAACCAUGUGGACAACAAGUUCAUAUAUAAUAACAGCAGUAAUUGGAUCAGGAACUUUGUCCUUAGCAUGGUCCAUAGCACAGUUAGGUUGGAGUGGCGGCCUUAUUGUCAUGAUCUUCGGUCUCCUCACGUUAUAUACUUCACAUUUUCUUGCCAAUUGUUAUCGUGCUGGGGACCCUAUUACUGGCAAGAGGAACUACACAUACAUGGAAGCUGUUGAAAACAUUUUAGGAGGAAAAAAUUCCAUUUUUUGUGGGAUAAUACAAUAUGCAAAUCUUUAUGGAACUUCAAUAGGAUAUACAAUUGCGGCUGCCAUGAGUAUGAUGGCAAUUAAAAAGACGAACUGUAUAUAUUUCUCUCACGGAACAAAAACAUGUCAUGUCUCUGGUAACCAUUAUAUAAUUUGGUUUGGGACAAUCCAACUUGGAUUUUCUCAGAUUUCUAAUAUCCAUAAGAUGAAAUGGUUAUCAAAUCUUUCUACGAUCAUGUCCUUCACAUAUUCAUUAAUUGCUCUAGCUCUUGGAAUUGCUCAAAUUUCAGAAAACCGUGCUUUCAAGGGUACCAUAGCAGGAGCUGAAGCAGAAACACACGCCAAAAAAGUGUGGGCAAUAUUUCAAGCUCUUGGCAACAUAGCCUUUGCAUAUUCCUUUUCUGAUAUUCUCAUUGAAAUUCAGGAUACUAUAAAAUCUCCUCUGGAGGUAACAACAAUGAAGAGGGCUACGAAUUUGAGCAUCACAACCUCCACAAUAUUCUAUGUCGUCUGUGGGUGCAUAGGUUAUGGUGCAUUUGGAAACUCAGCACCAGGAAACUUACUCACGGCCUUUCACAAACCAGUUUGGCUUGUUGACCUUGCCAAUUUAACAUUAGUUAUUCAACUUGUGGGGGCAUAUCAAAUUUAUUCCCAACCCCUCUUUGCAUUUGUUGAAGAACGGAUAACUAAAAAAUGGGAAAUAAUUGGAAAAGAAUAUAAAGUUCAAAUCUCAUUUUUACCCUCAUACAAUCUGAACAUAUUUAGAAUAGUUUGGAGAUCACUGUAUGUUGUGGUAAGCACGCUUAUAGCUAUGCUUAUUCCGUUCUUCAAUGACAUGUUAGGAGUUAUUGGGGCAUUAGGAUUUUGGCCCUUAUCAAUUUAUUUUCCAGUAGAAAUGUAUAUCAAACAGAAAAGGAUUCCAAAAUGGAGUAGAAGUUGGAUUCUUUUACAGAGUUUGAGUAUAUUCUGUCUACUGAUAACACUUGCUGCACUUGUUGGGUCCAUAGUUGGUGUCUUAUUUGACAUUAAGACAUAUAAACCAUUCAGUGCAAGCUUGUAGUCCGAGUCUCUUCGUGUAACAUUUUAUG